CGGCAGCUCGUCAGGAUCAGGGCCCGAGCCGCUCGCCCGCCCGCCCCGAUGCUACGCGCAGUAGCUGCUUUCCAAAUGGGUACGGACUGAAGGAGGGCGGCGGCGGGGCUAAGGCAGCACCCGGCUCCGAGACGCCGCGCCGCCUGGGCCGCUGGGAGAGUGCGGGGGAGCGCACCACGCCCCACCGCGCUUCCGGCCUGGCCACGUGACCCCGCACGCACGUGUUCCGGCUUCUCGGCACCGUGGGUCUAACCACCUCCCCGCGGCCCCCGGCCGCUUCUGAGGUGGAGCAGCCGCAGGCUGGGCCGGGCAGCGGCGGAGACGCGGUGCCCGAUAAGAGGGACUGAGACGCGGCUUCGCCAUGAACCCCAGAGGCUUGUUCCAAGACUUCAACCCUAGUAAGUUCCUCAUCUAUGCCUGCCUGCUGCUCUUCGCCGUAUUGCUGCCCCUCCGCCUGGACGGCCUCAUCCACUGGAGCUACUGGGCCGUCUUCGCUCCCAUAUGGCUGUGGAAGCUCUUGGUUAUCGCGGGUGCCUCGGUGGGCGCCGGCGUUUGGGCCCGCAACCCUCGCUAUCGCGCCGAAGGGGAGGCCUGCGUGGAGUUCAAAGCCAUGUUGAUCGCCGUGGGCAUCCACCUGCUGCUGCUCAUGUUCGAAGUCCUGGUCUGCGACAGGAUGGAGAGGGGGACCCACUUCUGGCUGCUGGUGUUCAUGCCGCUCUUCUUCGUGUCCCCAGUGUCCGUGGCCGCCUGCGUCUGGGGCUUCCGACACGAUAGGUCUCUCGAGCUGGAGAUCCUGUGUUCUGUCAACAUCCUGCAGUUCAUCUUCAUUGCUCUGAGGCUGGACAGGAUUAUCCGCUGGCCGUGGCUGGUGGUGUUCGUGCCCCUCUGGAUCCUCAUGUCGUUCCUCUGCUUGGUUGUCCUCUAUUACAUCGUCUGGUCACUCCUGUGCCUGCGGGCCUUGGAUGUGGCUGCAGAACAGCGAAGAACACACGUGACCAUGGCCAUCAGCUGGAUAGCGAUUGUGGUGCCCCUUCUCACUUUUGAGGUUCUACUCGUUCACAGAUUGGAUGGCCACAAUACAUUCUCUUACAUUUCCAUAUUUGCCCCCCUUUGGCUUUCAUUGCUAACUUUAAUGGCUACAACAUUUAGGCGAAAAGGGGGCAACCACUGGUGGUUUGGUAUUCGCAGAGAUUUCUGUCAGUUUGUGCUGGAAAUUUUCCCAUUUUUAAGGGAAUAUGGGAACAUUUCAUAUGAUCUACAUCAUGAAGAUAGCGAAGAUGCUGAAGAAACAUCCAUUCCAGAUGCUCCUAAAAUUGCUCCAAUUUUUGGAAAAAAGGCCAGGGUAGUUAUAACCCAGAGCCCUGGAAAAUAUGUUCCCCCACCUCCCGAGUUAAAUAUUGAUAUGCCAGAUUAAGUUCCUUUUCUAGAGAGCAGCAUCAAUGGAAUAGAAACCAUUCACACACACAAAAUCCACCUUCUUUUUGCCUCUUUGUUCAUCCAUCCCAGACCUGAAAUUGAAAACAGGCUUCAGACACCGUCAUCUCAUGCUUGUUGAGGACUGAUGCCUAUCAGUGACUCAUCAGGAUGUACUACAGAUAUAGGAGGUUAUUUUACUUUCUGGCUGUGUUAGUAAGUGGUGUGUAUACAUGUGUGAGAGAGCUUUCUGGUUUGGUGCUUAAAGAGCUAGCUUGGGAGCAGUAAGUUAAAUUGCUUUAGUAGGUCCUUAAAUGGAAUAGCCAAUGCAGCUGGGUAUUUUUAUGUGUACUAUACCUACCAAAGGUAUUGCUGAAAAAAUUAUUUUUAUACACUGCUAGUCUAAAAUUGUAUUUCAGAUUGUGCCUGUUGUGACAUAAUCAAUAGCAAUGCAAACAAUUCUCUUACCCACCACUUGUUUAUAAGCCUCAUAGUUAUUAUUGUUAGUGUUCCCACUGUUAAAACAGUUCUCUCUUUGAGCUUUGCUGAUAUUGGUCUUUAAUAUCCCAAUAGGUGAAUUUUUCUAAUGCACUGAAUCCAUACAUAUAUGAUAUUUAUACGAAUAUUUUAGCAAUGUAAUAUAUUAUGUUGAAUUCCAGUUCUGUGCAGCACAAUGUAUUAUGUUAAAGUAUUUUUUAAGUUUAUAUGUGAAGAUAAGUGUUUAUUGCAGAUAUCCUUAAAGAUUGCUUUAAACAUUAGUAUUUACCCAGUGUGGGAUCUUAUCACAGUACUAGUCAUGAGUAUAGGGAAUGAAAAAUCCCAUGGAUCUUAAUAUUCAGAUGUUAGGUGACUCAGUAUGUACAGUUUUAAGGCCUCUUUUAGUACAGGGAAGAGCCACCAUCCUGUGGGAACAGGUGAUAUGCUCCAGUGUAGUACCAGGCCAUAAAGUGACACUUAUUUGGUACCUUGAGUUUUCCCACACAGGUAGUACCAUCAUCUCUUCAGGAAGAACCACAAUAAACAAUAAGUGAUUUGUGCAUAUUUUAAAAUCUUAGAAUAUUAGUGGUCCACAAUAUAAAGUAUUACUUGUCAUUGGAAAACUGGAGAGAGUGGUCUUAAGCAAAAACAACUAAUAGGAUCAGGUAUUAUUUUAAGGAUGACACUUUUUGAUCUAUCAGCAACAGGGAAAUAAUAGGUCAGGUAGUUUUUAAAAUAACUGCAAUGUUUCUUUAAGUACUGGUGGUACACCAUAGAAUCAGAAGGGCAAAACCCUGAUCCUGGAAGAGUGAUGUUCUUCUGACUGAGAACAAAUAAAUAACGUUGAAAAGAAGGUUAAAAUAAAAAGGUGUAGAGGUAUUACUGGGGAAAAGGCUGGAAGGAAUCCUUUUUUUAAAAAAUGUAUUUAUUAUUUUUUUAUUAAGGUAUCAUUGACACACAAUCUUUCGAAGGUUUCACAUGAGCAACUGUGGUUACUGCAUUCACCCAUAUUAUAAGUCCCCCCACACACACACACCCCUUUGCAGUCACUGUCCAUCAGCGUAGUAAGGUGCUAUAGAGUCACUACUUGCCUUUUCUGUACUAUACUGUCUUCCCUGUGACUCCCCUACAUUAUGUUUGCUAAUCAUAAUGUCACUUAAUCCCCUUCUCCCUCCCACCCCACCCAUCCUCCCCACCACCUUCCCUUUGGUAACCACUAGUCCGUUCUUGGAGUCUGUGAGUCAGCUGCUGUUUCGUUCCUUCAGUUUUGCUUUGUCGUUAUACUCCACAAAUGAGUGAAAUAAUUUGGUACUUGUCUUUCUCCUCCUGGCUAAUUUCACUGAGGAUAAUACCCUCUAGGUCCAUUCAUGUUGUUGCAAAUGCUAGGAUUUGUUUUCUUCUUAUGGCUGAAUAGUAUUCCAUUGUGUAUAUGUACCACAUCUUUAUCCAUUCAUCUAUUGAUGGAUACUUAGGUUGCUUCCAUAUCUUGGCUAUUGUAAAUAGUGCUGCAGUAAACAUAGGGAUACAUAUGUCAUUUUGAGUCUGGGAUAUUGUUUUCUUCAGGUAAAUUACUAGGAGUGGAAUUCACCUCCGUAUUGCUUUCCACCGUGGUUGAACUAAUUUACAUUCCCACCAGCAGUGUAGGAGGGUUCCCCUUUCUCCACAUCCUUGCCAGCAUUUCUUCCUUGUCUUUUCAAUGGCGGCCAUCCUAAUUGGUGUGAGGUGGUAUCUCAUUGUGGUUUUAAUUUGCAUUUCUCUGGUGAUUAGCGAUGUGGAGCAUCUUUUCAUGUGCCUGUUGGCCAUCUGAAUUUCUUUGAGAAGUGUCUGUUCAGAUCCUCCACCCAUUUUUUAAUUGGGUUAUUUGUCUUUUGGGUGUUGAGGCAUGUGAGUUCUUUAUAUAUUUUGGAUGUUAACCCCUUGUCAGAUAUGUCAUUUACAAAUAUAUUCUCCCAUACUGUAGGAUGCCUUUCUGUUCUACUGAUGGUGUUCUUUGCUGUACAGAAGCUUUUUAGUUUGAUGCAGUCCAAUUUGUUCAUUUUUGCUUUUGUUUCCCUAGCCAGAGGAGAUGUGAAAAAGUUACCCAUCUUUAUAUUCAAGAAAUUUUUGCCUGUGUUUUCUUUUAAGAGUUUUAUGGUUUCAUGACUUACAUUCAGGUCUUUGAUCCACUUCAAGUUUACUUUUGUGUAUGGAGUUAGACAAUAAUCCAGUUUCAUUCCCUUACGUGUAGCUGUCCUGUUAACAUGUAGCUGUCCCAUUUUACCGACACCAGUUGUUGAAGAGGCUGUCUUUUCCCCAUUGUAUAUUCAUGGCUCCUUUAUUGUAUAUUAAUUGACCAUAUAUGCUUGGGUUUAUAUCUGGGCUAUCUAUUCUGUUCCAGUUAUCUAUGGGUCUCUUCUUGUACCAGUACCAAAUUGUUCUGAUUACUGUGGCUUUGUAGGAGAGCUUGAAGUUGGGGGCAUAACCCCCCCAGCUUUAUUCUUCCUUCUCAGGAUUGCUUUCGCUAUUUGGGAUCUUUUGUCGUUUCAUAUGAAUUUUACAACUAUUUGCUCUAGUUCAUUGAAGAAUGCUGUUGGUAUUUUGAUAGGGAUUGCAUUGAAUCUGUACAUUGUUUUAGGCAGGAUGGCCAUUUUGACAAUAUUAAUUCUUCCUAUCCAUGAACACAGGAUGUUUUUUCAUUUAUUGGUGUCUUCUUUAAUUUCUCUCAUGAGUGUCUUGUAGUUUUCAGGGUGUAGGUCUUUCACCACCUUGGUUAGGUUUAUUCCUAGGUAUUUUAUUCUUUUUGAUGGAAUUGUAAAUAGAAUUUUUCCUGAUUUCUGUUUCUGCUAGUUCAUCGUUAGUAUAUAGGACUACAACAGCUUUUCUGUAUGUUAAUUUUGUAUCCUGCAAAUUUGCUGAAUUGAAUUAUUAGUUCUAGUAGUUUUGGGGUGGAUUAUUUAGGGUUUGUUAUGUAUGAUAUGUCAUCUGCAAACAGUGACAGUUUUAACUUCUUCCUUACCAACCCAGAUGCCUUUUAUUUCCUUGUGUUGUCUGAUGCCGUGGCUAGGACCUCCAGUACUAUGUUGAAUAAAAGUGAGGAGAGUGGACAUCCUUGUCUUGUCCCCGAUCUUAAAGGAAAAGCUUUCAACUUUUUGCUGUUAAAUAUGAUGUUGGCUGUGUGUUCGUUGUAUAUGGCCUUUAUUAUGUUGAGGUACUUGCCCUCUAUACCCAUUUUGUUGAGAGUUUUUAUCAUGAAUGGAUGUUGAAUUUUGUCAAAUGCUUUUUCAUUAUCUAUGGAGAUGAUCAUUUGAUUUUUGUCCUUUUUGUUGACGUGGUGGUUGAUGUUGAUGGGUUUUCGAAUAUUGUACCAUCUUUGUGUCCCAGGAAUAAAUCCUACUUGAUCAUGAUGAUCUUUUUGAUGUAUUUUUUAAUUCGGUUUGCUUAUAUUUUGUUGAGUAUUUUUGUAUCUAUGUUAUCAGGGAUACUGGUCUGUAAUUUUCUUUUUUUGUGGUGUCUUUGCCUGGUUUUGGUAUUAGGGUGAUGCUGGCCUCAUAGAAUGAGUUUGGAAGUAUUCUCUCUUCUACUUUUUGGAAAACUUUAAGGAGUAUGGGUAUUAGGUCUUCACUAAAUGUAUGAUAAAAUUUAGCAGUGAAGCCAUCUGGUUUGGGAUUUUGUUCUUAGGUAGUUUUUUUAUUACUAAUUCAAUUUUGUUGCUAGUAAUCUGUUCAGAUUUUCUGUUUCUUUCUGGGUCAGCCUUAGAAGGUUGUGUUUUUCCAGAAAGUUGUCCAUUUCUUCUAGGUUAUCCAGUUUGUUAGCAAAUAAUUUUUUAUAGUAUUCUCUAAUAAUUAUUUGUAUUUCUGUGCUGUCCGUAGUGAUUUUUCCAUUCUCAUUUCUGAUUCUGUUUAUGUGUGUAGACUCUUUUCUUGAUAAGUCUGGCUAAGGGGUUAUCUAUUUUGUUUAUUUUCUCAACCAGCUUCUGCUUUCAUUGAUUCUAUUAUUUUAUUCAUCUUGAUUUUAUUUAUUUCUGCUGUAAUCUUUAUUAUGUUCCUCCUUCUAUUGACUUUGGGACUCAUUUGUUUUUCUUUUUCAAGUUUCAUUAAUGGUGAGUUUAGACUGUUCAUAUGGGAUUGUUCUUCUUUCCUGAGGUAAACCUGUAUUGCAAUAUACUUCCCUCUUAGCACAGCCUUCACUGUAUCCCGCAGCUUUUGCAGUGUUGAGUUAUUGUUGGCAUUUGUCUCCAUAUAUUGCUUGAUCUCUGUUUUUAGUUGGUCGUUGAUCCAUUGGUUAUUUAGGAGCAUGUUGUUAAGCCUCCUUGUGUUUGUGAGCUUUUUUGUUUUCUUGGUGUAGUUUAUUUCUAUUUUCAUACCUUUGUGGUCUGAGAAGCUGAUUGGUACAAUUUCAAUCUUUUUUAAUUUACUGAGGCUCUUUUUUGGCCUAGUAUAUGAUCUGUUGUUCAAAAUGUUCCAUGUGCAGUUGAGAAGAAUGUGUAUCCUGCUGCUUUUGGGUGGAGAGUUCUGUAGAUGUCUAUUAGGUCCAUCUGUUCUAAUGUGUUGUUCAAUGCCUCUGUCUCCUUACUUAUUUUUUGUCUGGUUGAUCUGUCCUUUGCAGUGAGUGGUAUGUCUCCUAAAAUGAAUGCAUUGCAUUCUACUUCCCCUUUAAUUCUGUUAGUAUUUGUUUUACAUAUGUCGGUGCUCCUGUGUUGGUUGCAUAAAUAUUUAUAAUGGUUAUAUCCUCUUGUUGGACUGACCCCUUUAUCAUUAUGUAAUGUCCUUCUUUGUCUUUUGUUACUUUCUUUGUUUUGAAGUCUAUUUUGUCUGAUACAAAUACUGCAACUCCUGCAUUUUUCUCCCUAUUAUUUGCAUGAAAUAUAUUUUCCAUCCCUUCACUUUUAGUCUUUUAGUCUGUGUAUGUCUUUGGGUUUGAAGUGAGUCUCUUGUAGGCAGCAUAUAGAUGGGUGGGUCUUGUUUUUUUAUCCAUUCUGUAAUUCUCUGUCUUUUGAUUGGUGCAUUCAGUCCAUUUACUUUUAGGGUGAUUAUCAAUAGAUAUGUACUUAUUGCCAUUGCAAGCUUUAGUUUUGUGUUUACCAAAGGUUCAAGGGCAGCUUCUUUACUAUCUAGCAGUCUAACUUAACUCGCUUAAUACACUUGUUUCAAACACAAUGUAAAGGUUCUUUUUUUUCUCCCUUCUUUUUCUUCUUCCUCCUCUGUUUAAAUAUUAGGUGUCAUAUUCUGUAUUCUUUGUUUCUCCCUUGACUGACUUUGUUGAUAGUUGAUUUACUUUUGCCUGUGCUUAUUAAUUUGUCUACUUCCUUUAUUGUGGUUUUAUUUCCUCUGGGGACAGCUAUUUAGCCUUAGGAGCACUUCCAUGUAUAGCAGUUCCUACAAAAUACACUGUAGAGACUGUUUGUGGGAGGUAAAUUCCCUCAACUUUUGCUCAUCUGGAAAUUGUUUAAUCUCUGCUUCAAAUGUAAAUGAUAAUCUUGUCAGGUAGAGUAUUCUUGGUCCAAGGCCCUUCUGUUUCAUUGCAUUAAAUACAGCAUGCUACUGUCUUCUAGUCCAUAAGGUUUCUGCUGAGAAGUCUGAUAAUGGCCUGAUGUGUUUUCCUUUGUAUGUGAACUUUUUUCUCUCUCUGGCUGCUUUUAAUAUUCUGUCCUUGUCCUUGAUCUUUGCCAUUUUAAUUAUUAUGUACCUCUUCAUGUUAUCUUCCUUGGGUCCCUGUAUUGGGAGAUCUGUGCACUUCCAUGGCCUAAGAGACUUUCCUUCCCCAGAUUGGAGAAGUUUUCAGCAAUUAUUUCCUCAAAGACACUUUCUAUCCCUUUUUCUCUCUAUUAUUCUUCUGAUACACCUAUAAUGUGAAUAUUGUUCCAUUUGAAUUGGUCACAUAGUGCUCUUAUUUUUUCAUUCCUAGAGAUCCUUUUUUCUCUCUGUGCCUCAGCUUCUUUAUAUUCCUGUUCUCUAAUUUAUAUUUCAUUUACCAUCUCCUCUACCUUGUCUAAUCUACUUUUAAACCCUUCCAUUAUAUGUUUUGUAUCAGAUACUGUAUUUUUCAAAGUUUCUGUCUCUUUCUUGAAGUCCUCUCUGAGAUCUUGAAUAUUUUUCUUUACCUCUGUGAGCAUGUUUAUGAUUUUUAUUUUGAAAUGUUUAUCAAGAUGAUUGGUAUUUUCAGUUUCACUUAGCCCUCUUUCUGGUGUUUGAGGGAUUUUGUUUUGUAUCAGGUUCUUUUGCCAUUUCAUAUUUCUAAGGAUUACUAUGGAAUAGCUUCGUGUAGCUGGCGCCCUCUAGUGCCAGAAGUUCUACUCUCUGGAGCUGCCUAGCACAUGGAGCCAUGGUUGGGGGUCGCAGGCGAGCAGCACCAGUGCCUGCCAGGAGGUAAAAGCUCUUUCCUGCUUCCUGGCUAUAACGCCUGCCUCCACUGCCAGGGCCCAUGAACUUAGAAUGCAGGGAGGAGCCUCUGCAUUAUGCCCCUGUAUCUGCUGUGGGCAGGGCCACCCUCCAGCUGGCCUGGCACAAUGGCAGGGGCAGCAGGUUUGAAAACCAGUAUUAGUCAGGAGGAAGGAGCAGCAGGCUGUGUAUCACAGUGGGGACCCUCAGUCUGCAUUGCCAGCCAGGGGGAUGGAUCGCCUGAAGCUCCUGAAAGUUCCCAACCUGCUGGGCUAACUGUGCCAGGACGAUUUUGUCCACCUGUCCUUUCUCCUGAGCAGCCAGUUCUCUGUAAUCCUUGCCCCAUUAGCAACCCUCUUGCUACUGGAAGUCUUUCAAAGUGCCCACCUUUUGUCCCAGGGCAGCUGGUUGUAGGUACCUGUUCUCCACAAGUGGCUGAAAUCUCAGUCUUUCUGAGUAUUCUGCCUGUCUGCUUUCCUAUCCCCCUAAUCUCCAGAGCACCAUGUAAUGUGGAUUUGUGCUCUUGGAGCAGAUCUCCAGGGCUGGUGUUCAGCAUUUCUUGGCUUCUACUCACUCCCUGCUCCAUUUCUCUUCCUCCCACCUGUGAUCUGGGGUGGGGGGAGGUCUUGGGUUUCACUGGAUCAUGGCUUUGCUACUUUAUUCUUUUCCGUGAGGUAUUCUCUUUUCCCCGUAUGUAGGCAGUCUGUCAUUGUCUUCUUUCCGGUCACUCUUUCAAGCUUAUUUGUAUUUGCUGUAUUUUCGUAUUAUAUAUAUGGUUUUGGGAGGAGGUUUCUGCCUUCUCACGCCACCUUCUUUUCUUCUCUGGAAUCUGUAUUAUUAGCAACUUGGUAAAAGUGAUCCCAGUCAGGCUCCACAUGAAUUAGUAAAUAAUUUACCUGGCAAAGGGGCGUGCUAGGAACAAAUGCUAGUCCUUGGAACCUAGUGUCUGAAAGCCUGAGGAUGCCACAGCACAGUUUAGCUAAUAAGGGGCAGAGCUGACACACACACACACACACAAUGUACAUGUUCCCACUAGCCAUUCAAAUAUGGGAAGCAGCUCUGAGCAGCAGUGGAUGUAAAAUUUCAUAAGGAUUUAUUCAUUCAUUUUCUCAAAAAAUGUGUAUUGAGGACCUACUCUGAGCCAGACAUGGUGCUAGACAGUGGGGAUACAGUAGAGAGCCAUUCAAAUGUGGCCCCACCCCACAAGCACAAAGCAUAAAGUUAAAAGUGACAGUAAGAAGAUAGCACUCUACCUGUGGGAGGGAACAAGCAGGGUGUGCAAAAUACAUGGAAGGAUACUACUGGCAUCGGAGUGACCUUCACAUACAACUUCAUGCCCACCCUUGCUUUCAGGAGCCCCAUGCUCCUGAUCGCCCCUCCACCUCCAUAUACAUCUCAAACAACAUUGACAGGAAUAUCAGUAAGGUUUAGGAGUAGAGGAGUAGGUUUGGGGGCAACAGUGGGUUCACCAGCCCCUCCUGGCUGUAGUUUCAGGCUUGGACUUCUUGGCACCUGGUGGGAUUCCUGCUGACUUUGGAGUUCCUGCCCACACCCAAUCCGUCUUAUCCCCUCUACUCCUCCAAAGCCUAGUACUGGAGUGCCUGUGUGUGGAAGUGAUAACAAGCCUCCUCACCCAUGGGGGCCAAUAGGUGUCAGAUUCAUUUCCACCUCAAAAACUUCAGAUAAAAACUUGGAGUCACAGGCUGUGGAAAGUUAGUCUGUAAAAGUUGGGCUGAGCUGUACCUGAGGAUUUACCUAAUUACCAUGUAACUCUGGCUCUCCACAAUAUUUAGCAUGUAUCAAAUUGUGUAAUUAGUUUUUCCUGUAAGAUGAUAUGUCAGCUUUUCCUGCAAAACUAACUCAAAACCCUCCAUGGUUGGUAAUUGCAAAUUCCCCCUUUCAGGCUUACAAGUUGGCAGGCCAUGGGUUUGAUUCAGGUCUUCACACACAUCCCUUCUCUAUUCUUGAUCCCAGGUGGAGGAGUAGCAUUCCCUGGGGUAUGUCCUAUCAUGGCAGAAGCACACAAAGCCAAGCCAAACCCUGCAAGCACAAUAUAACCCCCGCUCAUGGGUGAAGUAUGUCAAGUACAUUCAUUCUGUGGGCCAAAGCAGAAGGCCAAGCCUGAUCUCAGUGGGCCAGUACACCCCCCAGGGACAAUGACAGUCUGCAGAGCUUUUGCAAGAUAGUUCUAAAGAUCAACAAGGAAUCACAAAAUUUGAGGAAAAGAUCAUGAAUGAUUUUUUCCUCUCUGCUUUACAAACAUUCUGUUAUUUCAAAAAGGUAGUUUAAUGUAAUAAUAAUUAGCAGGAAAUCUAUUUGAGGAGGCAGGGGACUUGAAGCAAGAUGAGGAAGACCCUGUGUUUAGGCCCCUCUGUAAACUAGAAAGAGGCCCUGGAGGCUCCAAACAGGAGUUUUCUGGCAGUGCUAUGCUCCGAGCGCUUCUUGGGGGGCUCUGCAGGAUGCUCUGGAAAGGUCAAAACAGCACAGGGAGAUCACUGGAGGAGGCACUGGACUGAGGAAGAAGCAGAGUCUAGAUAGGCCUCAGAAGCACCCUAGAUAAAGUGGGAGGCAGGCUCUCCAUCCAGGAUUGUGGAUGGCGAACGAGAGAGAAGACUCCAGUACAGGGAACUGUCAGAGCAGACAGUGGCUCAGACUGAUAGCAAGCCUGACAUCUUGCACAGCAAGCACAUAGGGAUCAAGGGCAGUUGUGUGGAGAAAGCCAGGCAAGGUUGUUGCUCAGGGACCAUUUGGUGAGGAGGCUACAGCUGGUGCCCCACCGUUGAUUGACCACAUGACACUGUCACCAGAAAAGUAAAUGCCACCAGUGUCACCCUUGGAGCUGCCAGUAAUUCCUCAGCUGUGUCUGCCAUUAGCUCAAGAUGACAGAACCGAGAGGGAGGAUAUGACUGCGUACACCUUGCUAUGCAUACCCUCGGUAUGAGUUCAUUCUGCCCCUUGGAGAACACAAGAAGCAGGGAGAAUAAGGUCCUUCAGCUUUGAUAGGAGGAGGCAGGGUUCUGCCCAAACUCACUCCGGAAAGGAUUUGCCCAAACGGAAGGGCAUGCAGAUGCUGGGUAACCAGAGAUAGUGACAGAGGUCCGCUAUUUCCAGUCUCUUUGCUGUCUGACACACCUUUUCCCAUUGCUCAUCCUUCAGAAGCAGUGCCCCCAUCUAGCAUGUGCUUCAUUACUGUGCAUUGCCCCAAAAAGGAGGGUGGCCCAGGCUGUGUUCUCAGUGGCUGGUGGCCUGGUGUGUGGGAAGACUGGCUUUUGGGAAUGAUCUCAGACUGAUCGACAAGACUUUGAACUUCCCAUACUUCUUGAACUGCAAUUGGUUAAAGCCUAGAAGGGCCAGGUCAAAGUGCCAGAGUGGCUUUGAGGGGGCAAUGAAACUGGCUCAUCCCUGCUUCAUUCAUUGCUUCAUCCAGCAAUUAAUCUAGGGUAUUUAGAGGUGUCUCUUUUGCCUCUAGCUCUGUCCUGGUUCUCUCCACACAUUGUAGAAUGUGUGGCUUAAAGGUAACUACUACAAUCUGCCUCCAAAGUGCAGUCCAAGGACCCCCUGGGGACCACGUGGUCUUUCUUUUCCCACUACACCUCUGGGUGAGGGAAGCCAAUUCUCUUCAUAUUCUGCAGUGAAGAUAACACACUGCAACAGAUGGAAUGCAGACACACAGAGAGAAUCCAGCUUCCUUCUCUCCUGCCAGACAUUAAAGGUCUGCAAAAGGCAACAAUGCCACUCUUCUACUCACCAGAUUUUUUUUGUUGUUGCUCUAGGAAACAUGGUUAUUUUUCCUUAAAAAAGUUAACAUGUAAUACAUUUAUUGUUUUUAAAUGAAUUAAUAUUAAAGUUAUUGGCUUUAAUUUCUACCAUGGUAAAUGCAGAUAUAAGUCAUACAAACCAAGGUCCUUGGGGUCCUCAAUAAUUUUUAAGAGUGUUAAAGGGGUCCUGUGACCAAAACUUUGAGAACUGUAUUAUGCCUUAUAUUAUGGUGGGGGGAAAAGGGAGGAAAGAAAACUAAAAUUGGGUGGAAGUUACUCAAAUCCAUGUGACACAGCAGGGAAGGGAAAAUAAUAGCAGUGUCUUUUCUGCAACAGCUCACAGGACGGCUUCUCUCCUCAGCAGCUCUCCA